UUCUCUGAGCAGUACGUUGCCUGAGUGAGUGGAAACAUACAGAUCAGCUGCAGGUUUCUGUCUACAAAAACAGAGUGAAAGAGAAAGAAAAGGGUUGGGAAAGCAGAGACAAAUAUUGACUUGGACUUAUAGAAAGACAUCCAAUGGCUGAAUAAAGAACCCCUGUUCAUGUUUUGGGAUAUUCUUUCAACUGACUGGAACGAGAGCGGAUCAAAAGAAUGGGAAAUGCCAGCAGACCCUUUAGAAGAAUUGCUUAUUUCUUAUGCCUUUUAUCUGUGCUUUUGCUGACUGAAGGGAAGAAACCAGUGAAGCCAAAAUGUCCUGCCUGGUGUACUUGUACCAAAGAUAAUGCUUUAUGUGAAAAUGCCAGAUCUAUUCCUCGCAGCGUUCCGCCUGAUGUUAUCUCACUAUCCUUUGUGAGAUCUGCUUUUACUAAAAUCCCAGAAGGGAGUUUUUUGCUCACACCAUCUCUGCAGCUUCUGUUGUUUACAUCCAACACUUUUGAUGUUAUUAGUGAUGAUGCUUUCAUGGGCCUUCCUCAUCUAGAAUAUUUGUUCAUAGAGAACAACAGCAUUAAGUCAAUUUCAAGAAAUACUUUCAGAGGACUGAAAUCUUUAAUUCACCUGAGUCUCGCGAAUAAUAAUCUCCAGUCGCUUCCAAAAGACAUAUUCAAUGGCUUGGAUUCUUUAACAAAUGUAGAUCUUAGAGGCAAUGCAUUUAAUUGUGACUGCAAACUGAAGUGGUUAGUGGAAUGGCUGGGCAGCACCAAUGCAACAGUUGAAGACAUUUACUGUGAAAGUCCACCAGAAUAUAAGAAACGCAAAAUCAACAGCCUGUCUCCCAAAGAAUUUGAUUGCAUUAUUACAGAGUUUGUGGUUUAUCAGUCCCUGCCAUACCAGUCUCUGUCAGUAGAUACUUUCUCAUACAUGAAUGAUGAACACGUGGUUAUCGCUCAGCCUUUUACUGGAAAAUGCAUCUUUCUUGAAUGGGACCACGUAGAAGUGAUGUUCAGGAAUUAUGACAACAUUACAGGUACUUCAACUGUCGUGUGUAAACCUAUAGUUAUUGAAAGGCAGCUGUAUGUCAUUGUCGCACAGCUGUUUGGAGGCUCCCACAUAUAUAAAAGAGAUAUUUUUGCUAAUAAGUUUAUAAAAAUUCAAGAUAUUGAAAUCCUUAAAAUCCGAAAACCCAAUGACAUUGAAACUUUCAGGAUUGCUGAAGACUGGUAUUUUGUUGUUGCAGACAGUUCAAAGGCUGGUUUCACCACGGUUUACAAAUGGAAUGGGAAUGGAUUUUAUUCCCAUCAGUCUCUGCACGCGUGGUACAGAGAUACUGAUGUGGAGUUUCUUGAAAUAUCUGGCAAACCACAUUUAAUUCUGUCAAGUAGUUCCCAAAGACCUGUAAUAUAUCAAUGGAACAAAGGAACAAAUGAAUUUGUUAAGCGUUUUGAUAUCCAAGAUAUGGAAGAUGCAUAUGCAGUGAAACAUUUCAAAGUGAAAGAGGAUGUAUACAUUUGUUUAACAAGAUUUAUUGGGGACUCUAAAGUAAUGAAAUGGGGUGGUUCGGCAUUUCUGGAUUUACAAAGGAUGCCAUCCCGAGGGUCAAUGGUAUUCCAGCCGCUUCAGAUAAGUAAUUAUCAAUAUGCCAUUCUUGGAAGUGAUUAUUCUUUCACUCAAGUCUAUUAUUGGGAUGCUGAAAAGGCAAAAUUUGUGAAGUUUCAAGAAUUAAACGUACAGGCGCCGAGAUCUUUCAUACAUGUCUCCAUCGAUAAAUACGAUUUUCUCUUUGCUUCAAGUUUUAAGGGAACUACAUUGAUUUAUAAACAUGUCAGAGUUGACUUAAGUGCAUGACACUCAUAAUUCUGAGAUUACAUCAGACUUUCUGCCAUAAGUGGACAAAAUGAACUAAAUGCAUGAUGACUCUCUUAUCUUACUUCCAAAUGAAUGCCUUUAAAAGUUGAGAUUGCUAGAACAAAGUAUUACUAGUAUCUUCAUCUUUAAUUGUCAAGUCUAGUGGUGUUGGAAGUUGCAUUUUUUAACAAAAAGAAAUCAAAUUAACUGUUCUUUGCAUCCACAAUAUGUAAAUAUGUGUGCAACUGCAUUCUGUUGCUA